AUGCUCGCGGGGGCCCUGGGGCUGUCCGCCCCGCUGCUGGCGGCCGAGCAGAGCGCGCGCCUCUACUCCACAGUCUACGACUUCACCCCAGGACAGCUCCUCUGGGGGUGGCUGGCCCUUUCUGUGCUACUACCUGGCUUCCUGGUCCAGGGCCUGAGCGAUCUGUGGUUCUGGGCAGAUGGACACCAAGGUCAUUGUUUGCUGGCCGUACUAUUCCCGCUCCUUCAGCUUGGCCUGUGGAAGCGGCAUUGGGAUGCUGCGUCCACUGCUCUAUCGAAAGAGCGGGAAGCCUCCUGCCGAGACCAGGUGCUCCUGCAGGAGGCUGACCUGUCUGCCCCCCGCCUUCUGGAAGCUCUGAUGCAGCCGGGGCCCCACCUGCUGCUCCAGACGCAUGUUUUCCUCGCCUUGGACUUCACAGAUACUGUGCCAGGUUUGAGCACGCUGUGCUCCUGGGCCGCGCUGGCCUGGGCCCUGGUGUGCCAUGCCUACUGCAUGGGCUUCAUGACUGGUCAGCUCCUCACGCCAUGGGCCACCCUCUUCUACCAGCAGCCCUGGAGGAUGGGCAUGUUGGGGGUCCGUGUCCUGAGCCUGGUUCUCUUCUUCAGAGCUUACCACAUCUGGGUUUUGGUUUCUGGAGGUGCCCACGGGCUGGUGAUGACCUUCUGGCUGGUGGCACAGAGGAGUGACAUCGUAGACAGCAUCUGCCACUGGAAGCUGUUCGACCUGCUCGUGGGGGCCGGGUACAUCCUCUGCUACCUCAACUUCUGGGACAGCCCUUCCUGACAUCGGAUGGCCAUGUUUUACAUGACUAUGCUGCUGGAGAACAUCCUCCUUUUGCUGUUGUCCACUGCCUUUCUCCAGGGGGCCUCCCAGACCAGCCUGUGGACCGUAGCUGGAGUCUUGUCCAGAUUUCUGAUUGGCAGUGUCUCGCUAACUCAUCACAGACCGCUACACCCUGGACCCACAGGCAUCUGGCAGGGCUGUGUCCGUCCAGGAGUCGUGGGGCAUCCAGGGGCUGAUAAAGCAGAGACAGAAACUUCUCGGGCCCUGGCUCCAGCUGGGGAGAGGCCAGGGAGCCCGGGCACACGCCAGGAGAAAAGUCACGAGUUCGCCAGUCUGGGGAAGGCCCCCGGCCCACCCUGGGGACCCCCAGAGGCUGGGCUGGAAAGCCAGACUGCUCUGGAGGAUUGUUUCCUCAGUCAUCAUCACUGGCUGUUGGUGAAACUUGCCCUAGAAACAGGAAAUGGGUCUAAGAUCAGUGCAGCCUUUGGAGAAGACAGUCCUGGCUGCUUUCGUCCCCCUUCGUGGGGGCUGAACCAGCACUACACCCAGCAGAGGACACCCCUGUUUCCCCAGCAAGAGCUCCCACUGUCACCUCAGGACCCCCUGUCCUCAGAGAAAGGCUCUGAGUUUCAAGGUGUCCUGAACUCAGAGGCGGACCUGUUGGAAACCUCCAGUUUGGUCCCUUUUGCCAGUGACAGCCAUGACCCAGCUCCUGCCCAGAAGCAGUCAUCCGCAUGGAGGGAGCACAGCCCGAAGGAAGGAGGAGGUGCGGGUGGGCGGAGAGGAGGGGAAGGACAGGAGAGCUCCAUGCUGUACUUCAGUGCCACGGCCGAGGGGACCCCAGCCUCACCUCAGGAAGGCAGGCAGGCGACUCCGCAGACAUCCCACUCUGGGAGGAGGGCAGAGUCCUCCCCUCAGCCGGCCACGCGGCCCCUCCCUGCCACCAUAGCCAACAUCAGCCCGAUCCUAGGCCUUAGUAUUUUGCUAAAUACACAGCCCUCCUUCCCGCAGGUCAGCCGGCCAGCGACUUGGAGUCAGGUGGCUCCUCUCCACCGCUGA